AUGGCAUUGGAGAAAUUGAUCGAGUCAACACAGCACGAUAUCAGAAGUGAAGCUGUGCGUACUGUGCUGCAAUUCCACCUAAACCAAACUAAGCUGCGACUUGACGAGCUGCAAAUAAGUAAGUCACGAAGAAGACGUUCCAUUGACUGGAUUGAAUCUGCAUGGAAGUGGAUCGCCGGGUCUCCAGAUGCAGCAGAUUGGGAUUACAUCCUCCGUAGCAUGAACGACGUCGUAGUAAACAAUAACCACCAGUACCGCGUCAAUGAAAAGCUCUUCAACGUUACCCGUGAGGCGAUUGAGAAAGCAAAUGAAAUGAUGCUACACAUCAACGCCAUAAACAAAAAUAUUAGCGAAGAGAAUUUGGAGCUUCUGGACUUGAGCAAAGUUCUAAUCCUGAAGGAACAGGUAUCAGAGAUCGUGCAGGCGUGCCAAAUGGCAAAAUCUGGUAUCAUAAACACAAACUUACUUGAUCGAGACGAGGUACAAAGACUUUUAAUAGAAGAAGAUUCGCUGCCAUAUCAAAAUACCAUCGAAGCUAUAGAAUACGGAUCGGCUUCCGUGUAUUCAAACGGUAGUAUCCUUUUAUACGUACUAUCAAUACCAAAAGUCAAACCAGAUGGCUACCGACUUUUAACAACACGCGCCGCCAUCAUAAGGGGACAACACGUUGAACUUAAUGACAAGAAGAUGCUGGUAAACGAAGAAGAAACGUUCGGACUGAACGAGGAUUUUCCUUCGAUUAGCAAUACAACAAUCUGCUCACCCAAAUCUUUAACGAAACUUCCUGAAGACGGAUGCCUGGCUAGAUUAGUGAAGGGCGGCGAUGCUAAAUGCCACUUUGAACCAGACAACAACGUAAUUGUUGAAAUGAUCGCCGAUGCAACAAUAUUUACUACAAACUUUCAAGGACCAUUGAAGGGGAGGAACUACUCCGCGGUCCUCAACGGAACAUACGUUAUUUUACUAAAUAAUGAAACGGUCAUGGUGGGAAAUCAAACGUUCACCAGCAAAUCAGUACGCACAGUGCAGGCUUUGCCACCCGCUUUGGUUAACGUUACAAGUGAUGGGCUGAAUUUAAAUCUGGAGUACAUCCACGGGCUCAGCAUAUAUAAAAUAUUCACCAUCUAAAGCAACUUGGCAAUA